AUGAGUAAAAAGGCAGCAACAAUAUCAUUUUUUGAAACAUUCCAAUCAACUCAUAAUUCUCUUAAUGUUCAUGAAGAAAAUACAAUUUAUUGGGCAAUUAUGUAUGAUGAUAUUAAGUUAUUCAUAUCAUUUACUGAAAGAGAAUCAUUUGAUGCAAAUAUGGCUCUAGUAAGUGAUUAUUAUCCAAUAACAGGAAAUGUAUACUCAUUACUUGAGCUAUGUUGCUAUUAUGGAUCUGUUAAUUGCUUCAAAUUUCUUAGAACUGAAUUCAAUUUACAAAUUAAUCACACAUGUCUCGAAUUUUCAUUUUUGGGCGGAAAGCCUGAUAUCAUGAAUGAGUGCUUAAAAUAUCAAACACCUGAUCAAAACUGUAUGGUAUUAGCAAUUGCUUCUCAUAACAUUGAUUUUGUUACGUUUUUGAUGAAUGAAUACGAUUUAAAGAUUGAUUUAUCAGCGUGUAUAAAAUUCAAUAACUUGCAGGCAUUCUUUGUUUAUUUAGAUCAAACAAAAGAUCUCAACGAAUGUUAUAUUCUCUCGCCUAGUUUUCAUAUACCUUCAAUUUGUGAAUAUUUCCUUGAAAAUAAUGUAAAAAUUGAUGCAACAGAUUCUGAAAAUGAAAAAACUGCGCUUCAUAAUGCUGCAUAUUACAAUUGUGUAGAAGUAAUGCAAUUUCUGCUCUCUCAUGGUUUAUGUGUCGAAGAAAAAUCUAAAUAUUUAAAGACUCCACUUCAUUUUGCAGCCGAGAAUAACAGUAUUGAAUCUGUUGAAUUCCUUUUAUCAAAUGGUGCAAAAAUCGAUGCGCGGGCUUAUUAUAUGGAAACUCCUCUCCAUUAUGCAUGUAAUUAUAAUUGCAUAGAAACAGUAAAAUUACUGAUAUUGAAUGGUGCAAACAUCAAUGCAAAAACGAAACAAUCAAAAACAGCUUUACAUUUUGCAGUUAAAAAUAACUGUAAGAAUAUUGUGAAUAUUCUUAUUACAUAUGGAAUUUCACUUAAUAUUCGGGAUAAAUCUAGGAAAACGGCACUCUAG